AUGGUGGGCUUAAGAAUAGUUGAUAGAAACCUAAACAAAGCGUUUUACAAACUAGGCUAUACAGUCGGCCAACACCCAGGAUAUUUUCUAAUCGUUCCGAUUCUUCUAACACUCUUAGGUAUGACAGGAUACCAACGAAUUCACAACAAUAUCGACCCGGAAUACCUGUUCAGUCCUCUUAACGGCGCGGGAAAGUAUGAGAGAGCCGUGGUGGAGAGUUUCUUCAAGGUUAACUAUAGCAGUCGAUUUAGUGUUUCUAGGAUUACUAGAGCAGGUCGUUUUGGAAGAGUGAUCCUAACCUCAAAAGAUGGCGAUAAAAAUAUGCUAAGAGUCAACGUUUGGAAGGAAUUGCGAUUGUUGGAUGGGUACAUUCAGAACAUGACGAUAACGUACGAUGAUGUAGAAUAUACCUAUAAAGACAUAUGUGCGAGAUGGUUGACGGAUUGCUUCAACAACGAUAUCUUAAAUUUGGAUUACAUAAUGGAAGACGUAGAAAAGAAAACUCUCAAUUUGACUUUCCCCUUGAUGUUUAAUCCUGUGACUUGGGACGCUCAUGCUUUUCCUGUGUUUUUUGGCGGUUCAGAAGUCAGUGAGGAUGGACUUAUAAUUAGCGUACCCUCUGUACAACUGGUCUAUUUUGGUAAUGCUGAUACUAAAAAGUAUGAUCAAAUUGGCGCUGUGUGGGAAGAUGGCUUUUUAGACCUUAUCGAAAAAAUUCAAGACAAAGAAAACAGAUUUAAACAUAUCCGAAUUGCCCGAUUUUCUUCACGAACGUUAGACCACGAAUUAGAGAAAAAUACAAAAUCAGUUGUGCCUUAUUUUACUUCGACUUUUGCUAUUAUGGCAAUAUUUUCUGUAGUUACAUGUAUGAUGUGUGAUUGGGUACGAUCUAAACCAUACCUAGGACUUUUAGGAAACUUGAGUGCAGCUAUGGCAACAUUAUGUGCUUUUGGAGUAUGUAUGUAUGCUGGAGUUGACUUUAUAGGUUUAAAUUUGGCAGCACCAUUUUUAAUGAUAGGAAUUGGCAUUGAUGAUACCUUCGUUAUGUUAGCUGCCUGGAGAAGAACAUCUAUUAAGUCACCGGUACCAGUCAGAAUGGCAGAGAUGUUGAGCGAAGCCGCUGUAUCCAUAACGAUUACGUCGGUGACUGAUUUCUUCAGUUUUUGGAUUGGUAUUUUCAGUCCUUUCCCAUCAGUCACAAUAUUCUGUAUAUACUCAGGUGCUGCCACUGUUUUGCUGUUCAUUUGGCAUUUGACAUUUUUCGCUGCGUGUGUAGCUCUUUCUGGAUACUGUGAACAAAAAAACUUGCAUUCAAUCUUCUGCUUUAAAGUAUUACCGAAAUCACAAUCUCAAAAGAAAAACUUUCUUUACCGAUGGUUCUGCAGCGGCGGUGUGGAUCCCAACGACAUAGAUAACCCUCAAGACAACAAAGAGCACGGAUUCAUGGUAUUUUUUCGAGAUUAUUUUGGAGCGAUGUUGAACAACGGAUGCGUUAAGUUUUUAGUUAUUCUGGUUUUCGGAGUAUAUCUUUUGGGGCUGGUUAUGGCAUUACUAAAAUACAAGAAGGUCUGGAAAGAAGAAAGGUUGCCAAAAACGAUUCUUACGCUAUAG